AUUCCAUGGCACGAGCAUAAGAACCGAUGCAGAGCACCUGUGUUUACUCCGUUUUUUAGCGUUAGAAAUGCUUAAAAUCCAAUUUUUAUCAUGAACGAUAUUGUCACCUGUCAAGUUUUAAAUGAAGCAGACAAAGAAUCCAUUACUCUGUGCGCAGAAUGGUCCAACGAUCAUGUAACAAUUUACAUUUUAAAAAUGGAUACGCUCCCAUUGAUUGGUGAGAUGUCCAUGGCACAAUUAAAGGAUUUUGCUGAGAAUUUCCCUGUUACUUUCGACGAAUAUAUAGAAGAAACAAGAAACAUGCUUGCUGGUAAGGAUACCGAUGUCAGUUUUUUCCUUAUCGAUGACAUGUUCAAAUGGAGCAAACGAUUGUGGACUCGGGGAAAAAUAAUGGUUCACCCUGUUUCUAAGAUAGAAACAAUUUCAGACAUUUUACAUAGAUUAAUAAAUAAUUUUAAUGACACGGGAAAAAUGUUAGAAGAAUUGAAACAGGAAAAUGAUAAAUUAAAAAGUGUGCAGCAAAAAUUGAAUGACCAAUUGCAAACAAUGAUAAGUCUAAAAAAUUCUAUAGAAAAAGAUUUGUAUGCAAAAUUUCUCCUGCUUUUGAAUUCAAAGAAGAGAAAAAUCAAGGAACUUCAGGAAGAAUCAAAAGAACAGAGUAAUGUUAAUUCUGCAUACAAUGCACCUACUGACGAAAGCGAAGGAUCCGAGGAAGAUACGAGUAAGUCUACAGGUUCCCCAAGAAAGAGGAUUAAAAAUAAAGUCGUAUCUACUGCAUCAACUAGUAAAAUGACUGGUACUUUUGGUACUUUACUAAAUAAUGAAAAUGCAAAUACACCACAUAAAGAAAUCGAAGAAAUCAAUGAAAAGCCGAUUGAUAAAGUGGAACAAAAAGCAAAUAUCAGGAGUCAACUAACACUAUUAGAAAAUGAUUCCGAAGAAGACAUGUUUUCAUAAUUAAAAAGGGGGAUACGCAUCCUUUAUACUUUCUAAGUCACAGACCCUGAGUCAUGCAAUCUACAUAAUUUGUCAUUAUACAUAUUUACACACGAGCAUUAUUUACAUUUAGGGUUGCUCGAAAAAGAUAUGAAUUUGUAAUAUAUUUACCUAUUUAAAAUUGAAUCAUGAAAUAUUUAAUGAAUGUAGGAACUUGAAACAAACUGUAGUUUGUUUCACUGUGACUGCAAAUUAGUCGUAAGAUAAGAAUUGUGCUCCAUAGAAUGAAGCACAUGAUUAAUCCUGACGAAUUCCCUACAUCAUGAAUUAUCAAUGAUGUAAGAUUUUUUUAAAUAUGUAAAUUAAUCAAUUUACUUUACAAAUUGUAGUCUUGCAAACCAAAAAUUAAUUACCUUUUUUUAUAUUGUAUAUAUACAGAAUGAAAAUUGAAUUGUACAUAAAUGUGACCUAUUUAUAUUUUACUA